GGGCGAGUCCCGGGUCUGGACAGAUUGAGGCUGGUGUGGGUAAUUGACUCAUGAGGAGAGGAUUAAAGGACAUCCAAGAACUCAGCACACCGCAGAGGUCUGAAGCACUGUUUCUGUUGCCGUGGAAACUAUGCAAGGAUUAGAACAGACCACCAUAGAGGUGGCCCCUGAAGGUGCUCUGCCUUCAGAGAGGUCUGUUGUAAAGUCACAACUGUGGAAAGAGAAUGCAGAGAAAUUCUUGAAGGGGGAACCCAAAGACCUCGGGGUUGUUCAAGUUCUGAUUGCUCUCAUAAACCUCAUUUUGGGUAUAAUAAUGAUGAGUGAAAACAAUUACCUCCGCCCAAUACUUUCAGUGUAUAUAUAUGCACCAAUUUGGGGUUCAAUCGUGUUCAUAAUCUCAGGAUCCUUGUCAAUUGCAGCAGGAAUGAGAACUACAGAGGUCCUGGUCACCACCAGUCUAAGUUUUAACACCAUUAGCUCUGUGGUGGCGGCAGCAACAAGUAUAAUCAGUGUAUUCAGUUUGCCUAUAAGUUUAUUCGAACGUGGUCACAGAAUUCUUGUGGGUAUAAAUGCUUUGAUGUUAAUUUUAAAUGUGCUAGAAUUCUGCAUUGCUGUGUCUACCUCUGCCUUUGGAUGUAAAGCAACCUGUUGUAACACCAGUGAGGUUGUUGUAAUUCUACCACCAAAUCCUGCUGUGUCUGCAGCGGCAACUCCCAUGUUACUUCAACCAUUGGCACCACCAGUAUACCAAGAAAGAAAUGUUCCAGAAAAUAUAUAUAAGAAUUACACUUGAGAAAGAGUCUAGUUUUAACUAUAUGUGUGUGUCUGAGAGAGAGAGACAGACAGACAGAACGCACAGGCUCCUGCAUGUAUGUGAUUUCAAAAUCAAGUUCUCAUUGUUUG